AUGAGCGACUCUCAAAUAUACUCAGCCACUUACUCUAGUGUGCCUGUGUUUGAGUUUGUUACAAGUGAGGGUCCUAUAAUGCGACGUAAACUGGACUCGUGGAUUAAUGCAACGCAUAUUUUGAAAAUUGCCCGCUUCCCAAAAGCAAAACGUACUAGAAUACUAGAGAAAGAUGUACAAACAGGGAUACAUGAAAAAGUCCAAGGUGGAUACGGUAAAUAUCAAGGAACAUAUGUACCCUUGGAUGUUGGUGCUCAAAUUGCACGAACGUUCGGCGUUUAUGAAGCUUUGCAACCUAUAUUUGAAUUCGUUUACAUCGAAGGGAAAUCAGAAACCCCUCCACCUGCUCCAAAACAUAGUCAUGCUUCAGCUUCAAAUGUGGCUAACCGAAAAUUAGUCUCAAAGGAUCAUAAAAAUAAUAAAGUUGAUCGUAGGACCAACAUCAAUGGUAAACGAGAAUCGGCAGGUACUGGUUCUACUUCGGGACCCACAACGACAACAACAACAAACGAACAUGCCUCUAAACCAAAUGGUGGUGAUGAGCCACCACGUAAAAGGGGAAGGCCGAGAAAGGAUACUUCUAAACAAAGUGAUGCUCCCUCAUUAGAGAAUCCUCCAUCUUUGACUCAUUCAGAUACAAUACCGAUACAGCAAUCUAAUAACAAGCUUCCGAGUAUUUCCCAAUACGUUACCCAAACUCCUACUCAACAGCUGUUUUCAGGACAACAGUUUUAUCCCCCUAGAAUUCCUAAUGGGGCUUUUCUGAUACCCUCAUACACUCAACAAUACUAUCAAGUUUCUCAACCCUUAGGACAACGACAGUCGUCUAUCACCAACACAGCAGUUCCCUUAACUCGACAAAACACUGUUGAAGAUGCUCCAUUAGUACUACAGAAUAACAGCAUGACGCUAAAGCAUGAAGAUUUGGAAUCCGUAGAAAGUGAGGACGACCAAUUGGGAGAGGAAGAUGAAAACGGAGCUAUAACAUUUAUGAAUAGUAAGGAGUUGUUUGGAACACCACGUAACUCAUUUGAACGUUCUAUCAGAUUUUAUAAUAACCCAUCGGACUUUUCUCAAAAUCAUAGUGCUCUUCAACAAUUCCAACAAGCAGCUUCUCAUCAAAAUUCAAUGCUGCUUCCUCAAGCUUCACUGCAAAUGCUAGGAAGUACCAAGCCUGUGGCUUCAGAUGAGUAUACGGAGUAUUACACAUUCCUUCUUAACUAUUUCUUGGAUGAUAGCAAAUCCCGAACUAAUGAUAUUCCACAAAGGAUUUUAGAUCCUCCCUUACCACUUUCCAAAAUCAAUAUACUUCAGACAAUGGACAAUGAUGGCAAUACUAUAUUUCAUUGGGCGUGUUCUAUGGCAAUUCCGCAGGUGAUAUCAUUUUUGAUGGAUAAGUUUUCAAUUGGAAGUGAUAUUAAGAAUGGAUAUGGCGAAACUCCAUUGAUGUUUGUUGUCAAAUUUAAUAAUUCAUUUCGUGUGAAGAAUUUUCCUGCCAUCUUGGAUUAUUUAUUUGACUCUGUAUUUUUAAUGGAUGAUAGUGGGAAAACGGUAUUGCAUCAUAUUGCUCAAAUAGAGUCAAAGAAUAAGGAAAAUUUCUCGAAAUAUUAUAUGGAAUGUCUUUUGGAUAGGCUAUUCGAUGUUAUGGAUGAUGACAAUGUCAUGGAACGUACACAACUAAUCAGCAAAUUCCUUAAUCACCAAGACGCUAACGGAAAUACAGCGUUCCAUAUUGUUGCCUUUCAUAUGAACAAAAAGUGCAUUACGAUUUUAAUCAAAUACCAUAAGUAUAUUGAUUUCUCCCUAAAGAAUUUGUUGAAUUGUACAGUAGAGGAUUAUUUAUUAAGUCACAACUAUGUUUUGCAACUUGGUAAAGAUAAUGAUGACGAUGAACAAAUAGAUGAAGGAGUUGAAAAUCCUCUGCCAUCAAAAUCUGAAGAGAGGUAUGAAACUACUAUAGAAACAGAAAGUGCUGGAUCUGCAAAUAUUCGAAAAACUGUGGAUUCAACUAAUACUAUUACUAGCUCAGGUGAGAAUAAUGGGUUACAUUCAAGUACAGAGGAGUUUCCACUGGAUAGUACCAAAAGCUUUGAAAAUCAAUUACACUUUUCAAAGAUUGCUAUGAAUUUGCAAAACUCAACGGCUAACAUCAUAACGGAAAAGCUAACAGAGUUGGCAUAUGCUGUGGAUAAGGAGUUGGCAGAGAAAGAUGAGAAGCUUUCAAACCUUUUCAAGAUACACAAGAUAUUCAAUCAUGAGAAAUUGAUUUCACAACGUGAGGUGCUUAAGAUAUUCAAAUUGGACCAUUUAGUGAAUGAAUUGGAACAGGAGUAUGCAACUGCAAACCCACAUGACGUUGUAGUUGAUGAACAUAGCGAUAGGCUAAUUCAAGAAGAGGUUUAUCGCUUAUACAAUGAUUUGUGCUUCCGGUUUUUACAAGUUCUGAAUGAUUUAGAGAAGAAGCAAAAUCGAUUGUGCACCAUCAAUGAGAAAGCUCAACAAAAGAAGAUUCAAAAUGCGGCUGAGAUAAGAGGUCAAGUAUUGCCCAUCGAAGUUCCUCAAUCAACACUGAAUGAAGAUAGAAUUCUGGCUGCUGUAAAGUUAACGGAGGCAAUAAUUAAAAGACGGGGAUUAGUGAAGCAAUUGUAUGAUAAGCUGUUACGGGCACCAGUACCACAGAGUGGAAGUGAAACCAUUGAUUCUACAGAUUGCGGCGAAAACAAGGAAAAUUCGGCACCUCCCACCUCUACCACCGGGGUCAAUUCUGGCAGCUCGAUUGUGGAUCGAUUUUCUCCUAAAGACAAAUUGUUCAAAUAUUGCAAGCUUAUAUCCCUUUGUUGUGGCAUGUCGGUAGAAGAGGUUGAAGGUUCCAUUGAUCAGAUUGAACAGUCUUUACUAAAAUCUCGAUAA